AUGGCUAGGAAGGAGCCCAUGGUCCAGCAAUUGUCAUGGUUAUAUCGAGCAUCAAGCUAUGAGGAAUCUGGAUACGCACUGCUAAUUUCCCGGAAGCUCCUUAUUAGAUUGGCGAUAACCCGCAACGAUUCCACUUCCCGUUCUAAGCCUGGUAGGAUUUCUGAAACCAUAAAGGCUGGAAGCGAUGGUCUUUCGACAACUCGACACAUGAGCUCCAGGAUUGAGGGGAGUGAUGAUGGGGCUCGAGAGGAUGAACCACAGUUGGAGAAUAACGACCAUGAACAGCUCCCUGUAGCACCGGAUGGGGAGGCCGAUAACGAGGGUAUGCGGGAGCAAUAUGAAAUAGAGCCUGGCCAGGAUGUGUUUCUCGAUGAUAACCCGCUGUCCGUGGCCGAUAGUCGUGAUCUUACGGCGGUGGAGUCGGAUUCUGCGCUUCAAAACGGAUCUGGCGAGACGUCAUCGAUACAUCAACAUCUGCGAAUCAGGGGAAUCGGGAGCGGCGAUGAUUCUGGGUCAAUACCAGAUGACUCUCCCUCUGUCCAAGGUUCGAUUCUAUCUUCGAGAAGUAGUGCUUUUGGCCUCCGUGGUUCCCCAUCCAACUUGAGCCCCAGCCCUCAUCGGCCGUUCGAUCGAAGAUUUCAAUCCCGUCUUUCGGUUUCGCUUCCGGGCGCCUUGCGGCCACGAUCCCCGUCAUUAAUUGGUCAUCAUUCGCGAAACUCAUCAACUAGUCAUAUCCCUCCCAGCACCCCAGAUUUACCAGAAAGCCCUGCAGCACCGUGGGAAGUAGUUCGAUGGACGAAGCUUAGGAAACUUACUGGUCAGGCAUUUUCGGAAGUAGGCAAGCGGAACUUUGGCCAACCUACGUGUACUGCAAUUUCCACUGCCAUUGUCAUUGGGACAGCCAAGGGUAUGGUAAUGGUGUUUGACUACCAGCAGAAUCUUAAGGCGAUCAUUGGGCCUGGAACAAAAGCUGUUGAGUCUGGUCCUGUUACUGCGCUUGCUAUCUCCGCUGACCACACUACAAUCGCGGUUGGCCAUGGUAGUGGCCAUAUCUUUACGUGGGAGAUUUCGAAGCCCGCGCUCCCAUUUCUACACAUCCCACCAAUAUCGGCCGGCCAGCUGGGCUCCAAGCGAUCCGACGGCCAUAGACCAGGGGUAGCGGUUAUUCACAUGGGUUUUCUGGGAACAAGACACACUGCGCUAGUCUCCGCUGAUGACCACGGUAUGGCAUUUUCACAUCUUGCAAGUAGAGGUAUGGGAGCAGUUGGCCGAGUUGUGCGAACCACACGUAUUUUAGGACGUUACCCCGAUACGGUAGUUGUCGGCGGCCGACCUCGAAAACCAAGUUCCGUACUGGCAUUUUCUCCCUUACCCCUAGGUAAUGUUGAAAAAGCAACGGACUCAAUAGGCCUGGUUGCAAUGCUCACGCCGUAUCUUCUCGUGAUUGUAUCAACGACCCCCAUUGCUCAAACUCAGUAUAAAGCUGCUAGGCCGAAGGAGGUUGCUGCCCACAGUGCUCUUACAGCUGCGCUUGCUUGGUUUCCAGCCAUAAAGCUGAAGGGGAAAGAUUCUGAAGCCUCGAAGACCAAAUUAGUCUAUUGUUGGUCGAACGUACUUACAGUGUUGGAGGUCUCGGAAGUGAAAUCAACUGAACCUGCGGACAAGGACAAACCUCCCGGUUUCGAAUUUAAACCGCGAAGUAGAUGGAGAGCUGAAGAAGCGAUUGUUGCUGUACAGUGGAUAAGUCGUUCCGUGCUUGCGGUGAUGACAAUAACUCAGCAACUGCUAAUAUUGGAGGACAACACUUUGCGAAUGACGGACUCCUUCGACCUCAUACAUAAGCACAUCUAUCAUGUGGAUAUAUUUUCGAAGCAACUUCAUUCUCUGGCUGAGCAGCUGGAUGAGGAAGACGAAUCGAUGCAUGGAGUAAUUGCGGAUGCUUUCUACAUGAGCUUUAGAGCAUAUAAAGGACGACUAUUUCUACUAGGCGUCAAUGAUAUGUCAGUCGGCAGCCUAUCCAAUUGGGCUGACAGGUUACUAGCUCUCAUGCAAAGUGGCGACUUCAUAGGUGCUAUUCGACUUGCAACGUCUUACUAUAGAGGCGAUACUGAGAAGCUCACCGUGGGGCUCCCAGAAGAGGAUGAUUUGCGCCAUCAAUUAGUACAAGAGAAGCUGCUAGAAAUGAUGUCAGCAUCCGUUAGAUACGCAUUUGGUAGAAACCAGGAAGCACCCAACGAGCGCCUCCAGCCAAGUCAGCUCGAGGAACUUGCUGAUUCCUGUAUUGCAGCUUGCGACGCCCUGUCUGAUUACGAAUUUCUAUUUAACGAAGUUUAUAACUGGUAUGAAGAGUGUGGUUCGGAAGGUAUAUUUUUGGACAUCCUUGAGCCCUACAUCGUGCAGGGGAGCGUUCGAAUCCUACCUCCUACCGCAGUGAAAUCAUUGAUCACCCACUAUAUAACGAACCAUACCGCUACUCGGCUGGAAGAAAUAAUUUGUUUACUUGAUACAUCGACCAUUGAUAUUGAUCAAGUUACAUCGUUGUGCAAGAAAUAUAAUUUAUACGACGCAUUCAUAUAUGUGUGGACUCGUACGUUUGGUGAUUACGUUGGUCCCCUAAUUGAGCUUAUCCAUAUGAUUCACGGACACACGGGUCCUAAUGUCAAUGGAAAUGCGGAUAUCGAAGCAAGGGACCACUCACAUGCGAUGAAAAUGUUCCCCUAUCUGUCGUAUGUGUUGACCGGCAGAAUAUACCCCACCGGAGAAGACAUGCCUGAUCUCGAAGCUUCCAAGGCAAAAGCUGGGAUUUAUGAUUUUCUUUUCUCGGGAACUUCUAUGACUUCAAGUUCAAAAAAGCCCGCCUCCCAGGACUCCUUUCCCGACCUUCGAAAAAUCCUUGAAUUCGAUACGCCUAGUUUUAUGAGUAUGCUUAACGAAGCCUUUGAGGAUAGCUUCUUAAAUGACGCCACUGAUCAAGCAAGUAAUGGCGCGAUAAUACUAGCUUCUGGUGAUUCCACGGCACAUGGCCUAUCUAUUAACCGCCAAUACUUAAUCAGUAUUUUACUCGAAAUUAUGGAAUCUUCCAACUUUGGCCCAGAGGAGACUAUCUAUCUUGAUAUGUUUAUUGCCCGAAAUCUACCGAAAUACCCUCAGUAUACUCUGCUAUCAGGAUCAACCCUCCAACAAGUGCUUGUGAGGUUAUGUCACUAUCCUAAUCCGGAAAUGAUAGGCGACUGCCAGCUCAGCGCAGAAUACCUACUAUCAAUAUAUCGCCCGCCCGAUAUCCAGGCCUUAAUUCCCUUGUUAAAGAGAGCCCAAUUCUACCGAGUUUUAAAGUCUACUUAUAAAGCAGAGAAGCAAUUUUCGGAUCUUCUGUUAACUUAUCUUGAAGAUCCAGAAGAUCAGCAGUCAAUUUUCGGCUGCAUCCGUGAUUGCCUUCGCCCAAGCUCGAAACUGAGCAAGAAGCAGCGUCGCGAUGUGCAUGCCGUAGUUAAGGACCGCGCUGCAAAAAUCGUCGAUAUUGAUGCGGAAAAAGCUGCUCAAACUGUUCAAGACACAGCCCCCGAUUUGCAUAUAGAGUUUCUCCGCGUCCUAGAAGAUGAUUCUCCACGGCAAUAUUUAUAUCUCAACACCCUAUUCGAACCGGAGUGGAAACGGCCGGGCGAGACUGAACUUGCAGCGAAGUUUGGAACUCACCUUGUUGAACGCUAUGUUCAACUAAUGUGUCAAUAUAACCCUUCGCAUGUCACGGAUUUUGUAGAUAUCCUGAAGAUUGGAGAUCUCAAACUCGAUACGGUACUUCCUUCGAUGGAAAGUAGUGGGGCUAUCGAUGCUGCAAUAAUCCUACUAGCCCGUCAAGGGGAGGUGCGUGCUGCAAUGGACCGGCUAAUCAAACACAUCGGGACGCUUGAGGCUGGUCUGUCAGGAUUAUUACAGAAUGCAGAUGAAAGCCCUGAUUCAGCAAGCAUGGAAGAAGCGGUCAUUGAUCUUAUCCAGUCCUUGGAUAAAUAUACUCGUGUUGGAAUAUGGGUCUGUCUACAGCAGUCGAAAGCGUCUAGAAAAUCUCGUGGAGGGAACAAAUUCAACAAAAGGGGCGCGGCAGUCUUCCAGCUACCGUUAUCAUUCGAAGAGAAUCUCUGGCUUGAUCUUAUUGAAGCGAUCGUCCGUAUAGCUCGCAAUAUGUCGCCUUUGCUGAGGGAAGUUUCGCCAGGCUUCGAGAGGGAUACCCUAAGGGAAAAGACUGAUAGCACUAAAAUCGGGGAGAUUUCCUCCUCUUUUCGGGUUCUUGUUCAGCAAGUAUUUACUGCUCUGUUGACGAGCACCACAAAAUCCGGCGAUAGACCUGGUGAAAGAACUGAUCUCUCCUUUUUGCGUAUUCUGCGAGCUUUCCUCACACGGGUAGCUGCUGCUUCACCUUCUCUUUCAGAGCUUCGUUCUGUAAUCGCAUCAAUAUUUUCUGCAUACGCUUAUGAGGAAUCUCUACUUUCCCUCGCCAAUUCAAUGCUGGACAAGGACCUUUUUGUGCAUGUGAACGAAAUUACCAAACUCCGUCAACGAGGGUGGAGACCGCGAGGGCAGGUCUGUGAAGUUUGUCGACAGCGAGUAUGGGGGCCCGGAUCAGGGGCCUGGAUUUGGGAAGCGUGGCAAAAUAAACAAGACGUUGAUGCGAAGCGCGGACAAGCAAGACAGCUCGACAUGGCUGGAAAUACGAAUCUACAUUCGUACGGAAAGGGCAAGGAACCAAUGUUACGAGACGAUGCGAAUGUACACACAUCGAGCCAAAAUACGAACCUGACGACACAGGUGGAUGUUAGUGGAAAACUCACACAUCCCUUCGGGCCGCAGGAACCCCAGCUACUCGGUCCUGGACAGGACGUUGGACCCCUAAUCGUGUUUGGCUGUCGGCAUCUAUAUCACCGACCAUGCCUGGUGAACGAGGCAGAGAAACGAGGCUGA